AUGGUUUCAGCCGAUCACAUCUUACUUCGCCUAUCAGAUUUUGCCGACGAUCCUCCAAUAUUUAUUACUGUAAGGACAAGAACACGUGAGGGUGCAGUAUCUUCUGAUUCUAAUGUAUCAAGAGUGCCUCGAGGAAUUUCACUGAAUAUUUCUUCUGGUUUGACUAGUGCUAAACCACAGUUACAAACGAACGCUGGCAAUCCAACACCAUUGAUUCAACCGCAUUUGGCAAUCAGAAUGCCAGCAGGAUUAACUGCAUCAUCAACGCCUGGAUUAUUACAAGCGUCUUGUCUUGGUCUUAGUAAUAACCAACCAAUUCUUGGGCAAACAACUUAUUCAAGUGGUCUACAACUUACAGUACCAACGGGAACGCUGCUGGCUGGUCAGCAAAUUGGCCAAUCGCAAGGUUCAAAUUUACCCCGGAUUUCAUUAAACCAUAUGCAAGCAAGUGAUCCAACGAUGACUCUACCUGGUCAGUCCGGUUCUAACCUUUUAACAAGAGCAAUGUCUAGUUCCUAUCCAAUCAAUUUACCUGUAUCUGCAACCAUACCUGUGACCAAUUCACUUAAUUCAUACACUGCCGUUGGUGUGGCUAAUCCUCUUUCUGCCUCAGGAAAUUCUAACAUUGGUUAUCUAACAUCUAACGUUUUAAUGGAUGGAACUGCUAAAGGAUAUCAAGCAGAUCCAGCUUUACAAGAGUGGAAAUCCCAUAAUCAGUAUUACACAUUCCAUCCAAAGUCGCUUUGUCGUGAAAUCGCGGCUGUUGAUGAGAAGCCGAGUGUGUUGGAAAUGGAACAUAAUUAUUUGCUAAAACAUCGAACUCAACAAUGGCCGGCUAUGCCUCAAUCUUCGCGCGCAAGGUUCGAACAUUAUAUACAUAAUCGAGUGGAUGCAAGGCUACCGGUGGUUAGUCGGCCGACUAUGCCACUCGUUUCGCGAGGCUUUUAUCCACCAUCGUUGGCUCGGGUUCGCAGCGAAGAAAUUUGUAGUACAAGAAGUGAGCCUGACCUUCGGCCAGUCACGCUUGAUGAUUAUAAUUGCAGAUGGUUUGUCGCAUUAUUUGAUUAUUCGCAUCACAUGAGUCCGAAUGCGAAUGCUCAACAAGAAGAACUUUCUUUUCGUAAGCAUCAACUUAUUAAGCAUGGGUUUAAUCGAGUUUGUUGCUCAGAUUAUCAAUCUAAGCAUCAAGUUCAAACUUUGCCACUAACAGUAGUAAAUCUGUCAUUAAAAAUUCAGGUAUUUGGCGAUGUCGAUCAAGACGGUUUUUAUACAGGUCAAAUUGGCCACAGAGUUGGACUGGUACCUUCUAAUAUGGUGAUCGAAAUCGCCAAAGACGACUUAUUGCCGAUAAGGCGUCGGUCAGAUGCGUUACCUGAACCAUCGAUUAGACGAAUGAGAUGGGGUUCUUUAAAAUCAAGAAGCUAUGAUCACGCUGGUGAUCGUCGUUCAUCGCAUCGUAAGCAACUAAUGGAACAAGAACAUUACGCAUCGCUUGAUCGACGAGACCAUUCAGUUCCUAAUCGCCCUUUGAAUUAUUUCACUUCUCGGAGAGCGCCUUUGGAUAUGCGAUUAGAAAUGGCUCAACGAGGAGAAUAUUUUUCCAGAAGCGAACGUGGUGAAUAUGCAAUCACAGGUGAACCUGAUGAGCCGUUCGAGCGAUAUUCAAAUGCUCGUGAUUACUUUGUUUGUCCGCGCGAUUACAGGUUUCGAGAAUCACAAGAAAGAAGGGAUUAUUAUCGAGAUGAGCGAGAUGGACAAGAUCGAGAUCGAAGAGGGGAUUAUUACUGGGAGGAAAGAGAUGCAGCUGAAGUGGAUCGAAGAGAUAUGCGUGACAUGAAAGACCUUAGAGAUGUGAGGAAUAUUCGGGACGUGCGGGACAUGAGAGAGCGAGAAAUGAAAGCAGAUCCGAGGGAUAUGCGUGAUAUUCGUGAUUUUAGAGAUAUAAGAGAUCAAAGAGAAGGAAGAUUUAUUAGGGAUCAAAGCCUCAUGAGACGUGAACGAGAUCAAGAACGGGAUGAAAGAGACGACCAACGAUCACGCGAUUAUAGAGAAACUCGCGACUAUAGGGAACGUGAAACACGAGAAUUCGAAUAUCGAGAUAUAAGGAAGGAACAAGAGCAAAUGAUCAGGCAAAUGGACGAUCGAGCAUAUAAUAGUGGCCGAGAUCCAUCUUCUCAGCGUGUAUGUGAUAGGAGAGAACGUGAUUAUAGUAAGGAGAGGAGCCAGGAAUCAUAUCGAGAUAAUUAUUUAGUCGGACAGGCUCAUCAACGUUAUUCCGAUAUAACAGUAGAGGAUUCCAGAUAUGGUAGAAUUAACGGUGAGAACGCUGUUAGGAAAUUUGUGGCAAAAUUCGAUUAUGAUUCUAGACAGUUGAGCCCGAAUGUUGAUGCUGAACAAGUCGAGCUUUCAUUUCAUGCUGGUGAUAUAAUUACAGUUUACGGAGAAAUGGAUGAAGAUGGUUUUUACAUGGGUGAAUUAAAUGGGAUACGCGGUUUAGUUCCAUCGAAUUUUCUUCAUACAUCUCCACCAAACUCUCUAAUGCCCCCACAGAUGACACCAGGGCAAAUACUUUCACAACAACAAUCUUCUCAAUCUAUUCCUCCAAUAACUAUUCCCAUGGAGCAACCAAAAGCCAAGGGUGUUGUGUUUCAGGAAGCUGCUAAAAAAGGUAUGCCACCUAGACAGACGAGUCAAAGCUUAUCAAAACCAGCAACAACUGCAAAAGGUGCUCAAAAAGCCGGAACUGCUCCUGCACAAAAAACCCUUUCAAAAAAGCCCAGUGACAUCGGCAGUAAAUCUACUUCAAAUGCAAGAAAAACAUCACAAUCUAGCAAAAAAAGUGAAGGAGCUGCUAAGGUUUGA